AUGUAUGGAAGAGCACCUUCCUUACAGCAUCCGAGGAUCAUAGGAUGUCUGUGCUUUGCCAAAGUCCUAGUGAGGGGAGAUAAAUUUGGAGCAAGAGCCAUUGGGGUUGUGCAUAUGGGAUACUCUUCAUCUCAGAAAGGAUAUAAACUGUAUGAUCUCUUGACUAACUCCUUUUUUGUCAGCAGGGAUGUAAAACUCAUGGAAAAUAUUUUCCCUUUCCAGCUUUUAAAGGAAGGGAAGUUGCAGAUUUUUCCCAAUGGUGUCAUAGAAUCAGUUCCCAGCAAUGACACAACACCAUCAUCUCCUUCAUCUUUUACUGCAGAUCCUCCACAAGAAGCUUCACAACAGAUAGGAGACACAUUCUCAAAAGCAGUUUUUCCUUCAAACUCAGACAACCAGCCCAGGAAAUCUAGCAGGACUGUGGAAGAACCUGCCUGGAUGCAGGACUAUGUAUGCAAUGGAUCACAGGUCAGCUCAGCUCCACAGACAUUUUGCAAAUAUCCCAUGCAAGAUUUUCUGUAUCAUGAUGGAGUCUCAGUCAAGUACAAGACUUAUCUCUCCAAAAUUACUAGCUUGAAGGAACCUAACAGCUAUGAAGAAGCAGCAGGAGAUCCUAAAUGGGUGGAAGCUAUGACACAAGAGUUGAGUGCCCUCAAAGAGAAUGGGACCUAG